AAUAUGAGCCAAACAAACAGAACCUUCUCCCAAUGCCUAUAAAUAUAACACCAUUCCUCUUCCACUCCCAUCACCAAAUCCAUAGCACACAACGCAGUUUUUCACAUACAGAAAAAAGCAUGCAAUCAACUUCUUUGCUCAAUUCCUCACGAAUCUUGUUCCACCCAUUUUCAUCCUCAAAACCAUGUUGUUGCAGUGGUGGCAGGAAAAGUUGUUGUUUAUUAUCUCCGAUUAAGUGUUCGAUGAGAGGUUCGGCAGAUCAGAACUUCAGUGGAAGGUUGGUGGAUGAGGGCAUGAUAACACUGAGGAAGAGGAUCCAUGAGAUGAACAUGAUAGAGAGGAACUACGAGCCACCUUCGGAUUGGAUGGAUUGGGAGAAACGCUAUUAUACCAAGUAUGAUUCCAUCAUUUGUGAUGCAUUGGGGGUUUUGCAGACCCAGUUGAUGAAUACUAGACCUAGUUUUGCUCUUGGAGCCAUGGCUUUGGUUGCAAUCAGUGUUCCAACUUCUUCUGCACUGGUUUUCUUUCAUUUGGUUCAGUUGGCUAAGACUGUUCUUGCUGGAGUUCCUCCCUCCUAGACCAAAAUAUUGUUCAUCAUGUGUUGAAUUUGGUUUCAUAUUUGUAAAAACCAUUCAAUUCAUCCCAAUUGGUGUAGAUUUUGAUUUUACCUAUAUACAGAUUAGUAAAUGUUAUGAUUUGACUCGCUUUGUAAUUGUGAGUUGCUUUUGCUUGAAGAAAAUGGCGUCGUCAGAUUCCUAAAUAAUGCAGUUAUAUAUUAAAAAA